AUGACUGAAUCAGUCCCGAACGAGAUCCUGGAGCUAAUCCUGCGCUAUGCAUUGCAAGUCCCGAUGCCAACCUUCGAGGCAUGGCGCACACAGCGCACCUUCUGCAGCAGCCCCCGGUCAACGAUCUCGCACCUGCUCGUCGUCUCGAAGCGCUGGUGCGCCGCAGGAACACCCGCGCUCUACGAGUCCGCGAUCUUGCGCAGCCCACAUCAAGUGACAGCUCUCGCUAGCCAGCUGAACGCCUCCAGUCGUUCCAAGGAAGGGCUGAAGCUCGGGCGAUACCUCCGCCGCCUGCGCAUGGAGGGCGGGUAUGGUGAUGCCUUCAUCAAGGUGCUCAACGCGGCGCCCGGAAUCACCGAUUUGAUAGCAUGGCUCAACAAAAUCAGCCCCGAGCGGCUCUUCCUCGACACCGUCGAAGGGAACGGCGCUUCAGACCAUGUGGGGAUAAAUCUCUCCAAGGCCAUCGCAGGUGCGCUGCCUGCCUGGAAGAAGCUCAAAUACGUUACUGCUAGCGAUCUUUUCGUUUUCUGGCCUGACCUGCUGCGUGAGGUGCCCAAGUUCCCGGCGCUCGAACAUAUCAGCUUGAGCAGCAGAACAGCGACUUUGAACAUCGAUGGCAACAACCUCGAGCAACUCGCCAGAAUACCGACACUGAAGAUCAUCCAAAUCCGCACGAUGGGACAGUUCGCUACACCUCUGCUACUGCACAAGCAUGCGGACCCCAAAGCCCAGGAGCUGAUAUGCCUCGGCGUUGGGAAGAACAUGGUUAAGCUGACCGAAUUCCUCGCUGUUGAAGUCACCAUUGAAAACCCUCCAUCUCUCCCCGAGCUCCCUGAUAAGCUGUGGGAUAAGAUUCUUGGGUACGCCACUCACGUGCACGACCCGGAAUUCCUGGAUGUCGACGAAGAGACGUUCCAUCGCUCCUGUAAUUGGCCGUCUGUAGCCUCGACACGGAAAGCGGUUUUGGUCCUCAGCAAGAGACUCCAUCGCCUCGGGCUUCGUCACAUGUAUAGCAUCCCUCACCUGAAGUCUGAGAAUGCCGUCGAAACGUUCAUCACCAGAGUUGAGGCAUCAGACGAGCUUGCGCGCCUCGUCCCCCGCAACGUCGAAGGAGGCGGGGCGUUUCUCCUCGAGAGUAUGGAGCAGGACGUCGGCCAGGACGUGAUUGACCCGGGCGUCUGGGCGAUGUUUGCGAAUCUGAAGAACCUCCGGAAUGCGUGGACAUACCAGCACUCGCUUUGCCGUCCCUUGAAGUCUUGGAACUCUGGGGAUGCGAUGUCAGCAUGCUUGACGUAUUUGCUCGAAUGA